AUGGCCGACAUCAUGGAAACGGACCCCUCCUCGGGGAUCGUGACCUCGGAGGACGAGCGUGAGGAGGAAGAAGAAGAGGUUCAAGUGGAAUCAUUAGUCCAAGGACGCGCCAAACGAAGCAAUGCUGGCCUGCGCAUGUCCGCCUUGAUCGAUGCAGCCGCCGACGAUGACCUAACCCUGCUAUUCGAGGAGGUGGAAGAUGACAACGAGUUUGCGAUGGAGGAGAACGCAGACGACGAAGAAUUGGCAUUGGACUCGUCCUCAGACGACGAGGAUGAUCAGGGACCGAAUGCGCAAAAUGACUUCGACGGCGAAAAGCAACUACAAAAGGACGAGCGCAAGAAACGCCGCGCACAAAAUGAUCUCCGAUUCCAGACCUUACGCAAACGCGUCAAAAUCGAUCCUACAGCUGUAUCUGCCAUUCCAGCGCCUCCACGCCCGAAAAAGAAGUCCGAGCGAAUCUCUUGGAUCCCCACGGUUGAAGAUGGACCGACACGUUCCUCGUCACGACGACAGACAAUGGUGAAUAAGGAGAUGACACAUGCGCGAUUGAAGGAUAGCCAGGAGAAGCGGGUUAGGAUUAUCGCGACGAUGAAGGAGGCAGAGAAACGAAAGGCGCAUCUUAAGCCGAAGGAGAUGACACAGGAGGAUCACUUAGCGGAAGCCGAGCGGAUUGAGCGAACCAACAGCAAGAGUUUGAAUCGGUGGGAACAAGCGGAGAGAAGGAAAGCGGAUGAAAGACGGGCGAAGAUCGAGGCAUUGCAGAAUCGUCGCUUGGAUGGACCGGUUAUGUCUUAUUGGAGCGGGUUGGCUACGUGGGUGAACGGUCGUCUCACACGAGUGGGCAAGGCCGAGAUCAAGGCGAAGGCCGAGAAAGAGGUGGCCAAGAAGAAGAAGACGGAGAAGGAUGUGAAACCAGUGGACGAUCAAGAAACUUCAACAAGCGCUGUCGUUGUCCCUACAGAUCCUUCUGCUGCUCCAGCUUCUACUCUUACCCCUGCCACUACCGAUCCCUCUGCUAUCUUGCCCCCUACUCAGUCAACAAAUCCCCCGACAAAACCUGAGGGCGAUUCAACAUCUACACCCACGCCCGCCCCAGCUGCUGCAUCUGCAUCUGCAUCUGAUCCAGCCACAAUCAUUGAUCAGAAAUCGCCUCUUGAUAUCUCCACCCAAGCCAACCCAGCUCCAGAGACUACUACAACGUCUUCCAAUGCGCCCGCCGACGAGUCAACCAAUCCCGACGAGAAAGCGAAUGAAAAGUCCCCUCUCGAACAACCAAUCCAACAAACAAAUGACAAACCUGCCGGUGAUGAAGAUAAGGCACAAGGACCGCCGACAGUGAAGGAGAAAGAGACAGAGACAGAGCCCGAGCAAACCCCAGAAUCAACAGCCAACACAAAGACGCCGGAGCCGCCGCGCAAAUCUUCUCUGGGACAUCCUUUACCUGUCGUAGAAAUCAUAAACCGACGAAGGUCCACGACCCCCGCUCCCCAGACAUCACGCGAGGGAUCAACAAAGCCAUCCACCGCACAUAAUGCGGACGCUAUGGACAUUGAUAAGAAGCCGGAAGUCGAGCCGACCACUAAACCUGAAGAUCCACCAAUGACUACAAAUGCCAACCCACCCUCCAACAGCACAGACACAACGACCAUUUCAGGAGAUAUCCUUCACAAAGAUUCUGCCAGUGCGCCAGUGCCCUCUGCAGCACCUGUGAUUUCCCAGUCGGCCACGUCUACGACUACGCCAUUGGCCGCUCAACCCCCUCUAGUCCCCUCGGCCGAUGCGGCACCCCUGUCUGGCGCUCCACCCGAGAUUACUACGACUGAAAGCCGACCGUCUGUCGUGGGCCCCGAUGGCCCGGCCCAAGAGCCUGCAGAUAAUGAAACACCAACUCAACCUGAGAUUCCACCAGUCAUUGAGCACACAGGGCGAAAUCUGACGAUCCUUGAGAAUUUCGAUGAUCGGACAGCGCACAGCAAGAAGUACAGUAUCUACUUCAAUGCUAGGAAACCUCCUCGCUUGGCUAAAAUCUCCUCAUCACUAUGCGUUAUCACUUCCCUGCCGUCUCGGUAUCGUGAUCCAGAGACCGCUCUACCUUACGCCAAUUCCUACGCAUAUGGACAAAUUCGCCGCCUGCAGGCGCAAGGGUACAUCUGGAGUGCCAUGUUAGGAUGUUUCGUUGGCCCGGCAGAGCUUGCAGCCAGUGGGGUCCCUGCUCGAUUCCUAGGCGGGGAGAAGAGUGCCGAAGAAAUCGAAUUGGAUAAGAAAGAGAAGGAGAAGGCCGAAAAGGAAAAAGCCGAGAAAGCACAAGCCGAUAAGGAGAAGGCUGCAAAGAACAAGGCCGAGAAAGAAAAGACGAAGAAACAAGAACAAGAUCUUUCAAAGGAUCCCUCUGCUUCUGUCUCUGCCUCUACCACGGAGAAAGCGGAACCAGUCACAAAUGGUGCCACUGCUCCUACCACAACCACAGCAGCAACAGGAACCUCGGCCGAGCCGAUGGAUAUUGACGGAGGCAAAUAA